GAAAUUUAUUCUUUUAUAAAAGCACAUGCUUCUUCCUACGAGGUGGAUAUGUUUCCUACUAGUGAAACAGAGCUUCUGUUUCAAAUAGGGCCUGCUUAGGGACUGAGUCCCCAGUUAAAUUUCCUCAGGUCUUACUUAGGGCCUUUCAUUUACACAGGAGAAUGAUACUAUCACUCCAGUAUUUACUAAUUCAUUCCAGUAUUUACUAAUUCAGUCCAAUUCGUCCAUGCUGAUUGUGUGCUCUCAUUUUGCUAUGAUAGACAGGGAGCCAACAUGUGCCUCUGAGAAUUUCUACUGUCACUGGAGGAAUAAUUCAUUUACCAGCAUUUACUGUGUCUGUAAUGUUCUCAGGACUAUGGCUAACCUGUCAACAGAGAAAAAUAAGACCAGAAGAGGUCACAAUCUAGUUGUGGUGAGAUACGUUCAGUUAGGUGAGAGAGGUGCUCUUAAAGCUACGUAAUUGGAUGAAGUCACCAUGAAUACGUCCAGGUAGAGAGGAGAAGGGGCUUGAGGACCAUCAAGCCCUGGGGUUGAUUAUGGAAGAACAUAAAACCUGUCUAGGCUUUGAGUCUCCCUUCCUUUUUCUCCAGGGAACAUUGAUGGAGAUGGCAAUUGCCUGAUGCCAGGAUGUUCCUCUUGAAAAUGAAGAUCUGUUCAUUGUAUUGGCUUUAAUUUUUCUAGGAUAAAAGGCUUAGGACUUCAAAAUUAUAUAUAUAAGCUUGAGCUUGGGUUUUAGGCAAAAGACUGGCAACCCUUUUGGUGCACAGUGGGGGAGAGAGAGAGAGAGAGAGAGAGAGUGUGUGUGUGUGUUUGCAUUUUAGUUUUAUUUGAAAAUUUACUGGUUUGAUAAAGUGGACAUGAACAAUUUUGUUGCUUCUCAAGUUAUACCUGACAGUAUUUGGUAUCCCUGAAGAGCAGAGUCUUGACCCCUUAUUUAUGGAAGUAUUUGUCAUCCCUUGCCUGUUCUUCUUACAUCUGGCAUCUUUCUCUGAGAGCAGGGCACCAGCUAUGCAGACCUGGUCUGAUCUUUCAGGUGGAACAAAGAGGAAAGCUGAAGAAAAUGGAAGAGUUUUCCAAGUGAGGGAAAAGGCACAUGUGAUUCUUUAUGAGAAAGAGCUGUAAUCCAUGAGAGCUGCAGUCCAUUUGGAAAUGUUAAACAGGAGGCUUUUGAAGAAUUUUUUUCCUAAGGAUGCUGAGAUUGGGAGAUUUGUCUUAAUGCCAAAUGGUCAGCACCUCAGUGGAAUAUUUUGGAUGGGAAAAAAUCCAGUGUGGUGGAAAUGGAGAGAAACUACAUUGGAGAGAAAUCAAUUUUAACCAUUGUGAAGAAGCCUUGAGUGAACACUCAUGCCUUAAGGCUCAAAGGAAAACUUACAUUAGAAAGAAAACUUGUCUGCAUGCUCCAGUCCAGGAGCCUGGCCAGGAGGGAGACACAAGAGGAAGAAUGGCUGCAGGAUUGCUGACAACCUGGUCACAGGACUCGGUGACCUUCGAGGAAGUGGCAGUGGACUUUUCACAGGAGGAGUGGGCACUGCUGGACCCUGCUCAGAAAAUCCUGUACAGAGACGUGAUGCUGGAGAACUUUAGGAACCUAGCCUCAGUGGGGUAUCAUCUCUGCAAACACAGUCUGUUCACUGAGGUGGAGCAGGAAGAGCUGAGGCCAGAGCAGAGACGAAUUCUCCAAGGUGCUUAUAGAGACCAGGAUACUCAACUUAAAUCAAAAGACGCAAUUCUUACACAGAAUGUUCCUGGGGAAAAAACUUCCAAUGGCAUAAAAACGGCAGCAACUCACCCUGGUGAGAAACCAAUGGAAUUUAAUCAUUGUGGAAAAUUCUUUAGAAAGAACUGUCACCUUAUUUGUCCAAGAUAUUGCAAGAGAGAGAAAUGCAACAAAUAUAAAGAAUAUGGGCAAGACUCUGGCCAUCCCUCAACCCUUAGGAGUCAUGUGAGUACUCACACUGGAAAGAAAAUUAUUGAAUUUAAUGGUUGUGGAAAAUUUUUCAAUCAAGAGUCAUCCCUUAGGAAACACUUAACUCUCACAGGAGAGAAAUCUUCUGAGUGUAAUCAACAUCUUAUGUCCUUCAACUUACACUCUUCCUUUUCAGUACAUGAACAAAUACCUACUGGAGAGAAACUCUGUGAAUGCAGUGACUAUGGAAAAAGAUCUUCCCUUAGUUUCCACAAAAAAAUGUGUACUGUGGAGGAAAGCUCAAAAUGUAAUGAACAUGAGAAAGUUUUCACUGGCCCCUUGUCCCUUCAGAUAUGUGUGAGACCUCACACUGGAGAGAAACGUUAUGAAUGUAGCAAUUGUGGGAAAGCCUUUGUUUUUCAGUCCUCCCUUAAGAAACAUGUGAGAUCACACACUGGAGAGAAACCUUACGAGUGUAAUCAUUGUGGAAAAUCCUUCAGCCAGAGCUCUCAUCUUAAUGUGCACAAAAGAACUCACACUGGAGAGAAACCCUAUGACUGUAAGGAAUGUGGCAAGGCUUUCACUGUUCCUUCAUCCCUUCAGAAACAUAUGAGAACACACACUGGAGAGAAACCCUAUGAAUGCAGUGACUGUGGGAAAUCCUUUAUUGAUCAGUCAUCCCUUAAGAAACAUACACGAUCUCACACUGGAGAGAAACCUUAUGAGUGUAAUCAAUGUGGAAAAUCCUUCAGUACAGGCUCUUAUCUUAUUGUGCACAAGAGAACUCACACUGGAGAGAAAACCUAUGAGUGUAAAGAAUGUGGGAAGGCCUUUAGGAAUUCCUCUUGCCUAAGGGUACAUAUGAGAACUCACACAGGAGAGAAGCCCUAUAAAUGUAUUCAGUGUGGAAAAGCAUUCAGCACCAGCACUAACCUUAUAAUGCACAAACGAAUACAUCCUGGACAGAAACUAUAUGAAUGAAAUGACUACAGGCUAGCCUUAGGUCCUUCACAUCUCACUCAUUUUAGAACUCACUCUGGAGAGAAACCCUAUUGUGACCAAUUUAGAAAGCCUUCAGGCACAACUCUUAAGUCACGUUAUACUGGGACCAACCUUAUAAAUGUUAUGGUUCUGUGAUUGUAUUUAUCAGUGAGUGUUUAAUCUUUAAAGUGUGACAACUCAUUAAUUGAUGAGUAUUAAAGAUUAUACAGCACUCUAAAUUCCCCUUGAUCUACAUCACAAAAGUUUUGAUACAUAAUGUUUUUAUUGUAAUUAAGUACUAAAUAUUGUCCAUUUCUCAUCAAGAUGUCUUGGACCAAACUAUAGGUUAUUUAGAAAUAUAUAUUUUAAUGUGCAGACUCUGUGCAUAUUUUAGUUAUCUUUUAGUUAUAGAUUUCUAAAUUAAUUACAUUAUGCACAGAAUGCAUGGUCUUCGUGACACAGAUUCUAUAAGACAUAGAUUCAAACAGAAAAUUAUUAGAGACUUGCUACAUGGCCUAAUGUGUGAGACAAAAGAAGUUGCUGUCCCAAUAUCCAUUCCUCCCCUCCUUCUUUCAAGUAACAAUACAACUGUGUUCAAAUUAGCAGUGUGUACAGUUCUUAAGGAUUCAUCUCCCAGCUUUCCUUGUAGCUGGGAGUGCCCAUGAGCCCACAGUCCUGGCCAAUGAGAAAGGAGGCAGAGGUCACUGCUUGUGGGUUCUAAAGAAUUCCAUGGAAAUGGGAGCAUCGCAUCUGGCGUUUUCACUUUACCAUUUGCCCUUUGUCUUAUCUCUUCUUUUUUCCUAGAGAAUAGACCAAUAGGAUGACAGUUAUACACUACUGAUUAUAUAAUAAGGACAUAUUAUUUAGCUAUGUAUAAGCAACUAUGGGUUGCUUAUUUCUGGACUUCUUGUAACAUGAAAAAAAUAAACUAACUGGUUUAACACUCUU